AUGCGGAGGCAUCACAGCAAGAAUGCACAGAAAAAAAGAAACAAAAACAGAACACGGAAGAGUCACGGCAUCGGAUCACUAGCGACAGGCGAUUUAACAGACGCAGAGAUCCAAGAAACCCUCAAAAAGGAAUUGGAUAUGAUGAGUCAAAUCAAGGGAGUUAGCCACAUUGCCACGAAUAAGAUCUUUAUGAAGCACGAUCGCCCAAUUAAACAGAGGUAUUACCCUCGAAACCCGGCCAUGCAAGCAAUAAUAAACAAACAAGUGGACGUGGCAGGUCCAGCUGGUUGCAGGAAGCCAACCCAGGCCGCUCCGGUAGGCAGACAAGCGCCAGCCAGGAAACCAAUUCCUACACCGACCACGGCAACAACACGGCAAACGAUGGCGACACCAACAACCAGGGAAACGACCACGGCAACAACACGGCAAACGAUAACAACACCAACAACCAGGAAAACGACCACGGCAACAAAACGGCAACCGAUGACAACAACAACAACCAAGGAAACGACACGGCAAACAACGGACAACGAAGCACGUCCCCUCACGCCCAGGACAACAACCGGAACAAAAAGGAACAAGCUGGCUGAUUUCCAACGACCACAAACAAAAUGGGUAACCCCGCGGCGGCUCUCUUCACUCGACCAUCCCGGAACAAAACGGUUCAAACCAUCAGAAGAAAGUGAAGAGGACUGGGAACCAAAACCGCGGGGAUACGACAAUCACAUGAAAAGGGUGGAAGAAGCGGUCACACACCUAAAGACAACCUGGCGCAGAGGGAACAGAAGAUCUAGACUGGUGGUCUCGGACAACCUCACGACCCGAAUCCGGAUCGGGAGAAGUGGACACAUCCAAAAAACACCGGGGAGACACCAACGUCCUAAGCGGGGGGUGUGACGACCCAGCG